AUGGUAAUUAUGGCAACGGCAAUUAUUGUACCAAUUAACAUGACAAGGUGUAAUAAUACCAAGCUUAAGACACUGAAAGCAAUGACAGCAACAACAACCAGAGUAGGAAUGACAAGAAUAGCAUCCGAAGCAGAAGUAUCCUCAUCGUCAUCAACGAGCACGAUGACGACGACAGUAAUGACACAAUUCGUGCCAUCACCAAGGACGUCUGUGGCGACAUUCGAAAUGUCACCACCACCAUCAGCAGCAGACGUAGCCGCAGAAGCAUUCGUUGGCAUGACCAACAACCACUCAUAUUUCCCUUUUAGUCGGGAAAUGCACCAAAACCAAACACAACAACAACAAGAGCAGCAGUCAACAUUCAAGUCAAUUAAAUUUAACGAAUCCUUGGCCCUCCAGGGCCCAAAGCCAGUGAUGGUAGUACCACCAUUACCACCACCGGCACCAGCAGCAAUUAAAAAGCAAUAUAAACACUCUGAAAUAAUCAAAAGUAACCGUCCUGUAAAUAAAAACAUGAAUAAUAAACAAAGAGUUAACACUGAAUGGCCAUCGUCUGGCAAUGGAAUAAACCACCAACACCCGCAUCCCCACCACCAACUGGCACUGACGCCAACAUCGAAUCGUAAAGGCGACGUCUAUUCAAAUCAUCAGCAGCAGCAACAACAACACUAUCUAAAAGUAAAUCAAGUCUUCGAACAGGAACGUGCCCUAACUCGCAGCAAUCUGCAACACAAUCGCGGCAAAAUUGUUUUGCUCGGUCUAUUUGAACUGUCGACGAAAUCUGGACCACGACCGGAAGGUCUGAGCGAAUUGAUUGCUGCCCAAAUGGCUGUCGAGCACAUAAAUCGUAAACAGCUAUUGCCCGGCUAUACCAUUGAACUGAUGACAAAUGAUACACAGUGCGAUCCCGGUGUCGGUGUCGAUCGUUUCUUUCAUGCCAUCUACACACAACCCUCCACCCGCAUGGUAAUGCUAUUGGGUUCUGCCUGUUCCGAAGUUACCGAAAGUCUUGCCAAAGUUGUACCCUAUUGGAAUAUCGUACAAGUUUCAUUUGGUUCCACGUCCCCAGCGUUGAGCGAUCGUCAGGAAUUUCCCUAUUUCUAUAGAACAGUGGCGCCCGACUCUUCACACAACCCAGCCAGAAUUGCAUUUAUACGGAAAUUCGAAUGGGACACGGUGACCACAUUCUCACAAAAUGAAGAAAUUCAUUCGUUGGCUGUGAAUGAUUUAGUCACCGAAUUGGAAGCAGCAAAUAUUUCCUGUGCAGCCACAAUAACUUUCGGUGCCACCGAUUAUAAGGAGCAGCUAUUGUUACUGCGCGAAAGUGAUACUCGAAUUAUAAUCGGUAGUUUCUCGCCCAUCCUGGCACCUCAUAUCCUCUGCGAGGCAUAUCGACUGCGUAUGUUCGGUGCCGACUAUGCCUGGAUUUUACACGAAAGUAUGGGUGCACCGUGGUGGCAUGAUUUGUCCUCCACCACGUCCUACUGCACGGCCAAGGAAUUACAGACAGCUGUGGAAAAUCUGAUAAUUGUAUCAUCCCAUAAUAGCAUCGUUGGCAAUAACAUCAGUUUAAGUGGCCUGAAUAACGAUAUGUUUUACAUGCAAUUACGACAACAAUCGGAAAAAUUCAAUGACAUUUUCAACAAUGGCCGAAGUGGCACAACAAAGCAACAGCAUCGACAACAGUGGCAGUCAUCGAGUCCAAAACAAAAACACAGAAAACAUGCUUCUCUUGCCACCAAUGGUGGCGGCAAUGGUCGCAGCAGUGCCAUCGCAAACAAAGCAGCCACAAAAAGUGUUACAAAGCAAACAAAAGUCAGCAGUGGCAGCCACACCAAUAAUGAUGGUCAUAGUCGGCACCUGACAGCGACAGAUGCAACCGCAGCAACAAAGGAUGUAACAUCCUCAUCCACAUCCACAUCAUCAUCGUUAUCGUCAUCCUCGUCGUCCUCCUCAUUCAUGCUGGGCACAACAAUCGUUUCACGCUACGCUCCCCAAACAUACGAUGCCGUCUGGGCCAUUGCAUUGUCAUUGCGCGCCGCCGAAGACCGUUGGCGCAAAGAUCCGAUGCAACAAUCCAAAUUGGAUCGUUUCGAUUAUACACGCAGUGACAUGGCAACGGAAUUUCUCCAGCAAAUGGGCAAAUUGGAUUUUCUUGGUGUUUCGGGUCCUGUGUCGUUUAGUGGUCCCGAUCGCAUUGGCACCACCGCCUUCUAUCAAAUACAAAAUGGCCAAUUGGAACCCAUUGCCCUCUACUAUCCGGCCGAGAAUGCUUUGGACUUUCGGUGUCCGCACUGUAAACGAGUUAAGUGGCAUGGCGGCCAAGUGCCGAUAGCAAAACGAGUCUUUAAGGUUCGGGUGGCGACAAUAGCGCCAAUGGCAUUCUACACGAUAGCCACACUGUCGUCGGUGGGCAUUGCCAUGGCAUUGGCAUUUCUGGCAUUUAACCUGCAUUUUAGAAAAUUAAAAGCCAUUAAAUUGUCAAGUCCUAAAUUGAGCAACAUAACUGCUGUGGGCUGUAUUUUUGUUUAUACUGCCGUCAUUUUAUUGGGUUUGGAUUACUCAACUCUGCCAUCGCCGGAGGACACAUUUGCCACAGUCUGUACGGCUCGUGUUUAUUUAUUAUCGGCUGGGUUCUCAUUGGCUUUCGGUUCGAUGUUUGCCAAAACGUAUCGUGUCCAUCGCAUCUUCACGCGCACCGGCAGUGUGUUCAAGGAUAAAAUGCUACAGGAUAUUCAACUUAUUUUAUUGGUGUGUGGCCUGUUGCUGGUCGAUGGUCUCGUUGUGACGCUUUGGGUUGUCACCGAUCCCAUGGAACGACAUUUGCAUAAUUUAACACUGGAAAUCAGCAACAUUGAUCGAAGUGUUGUCUAUCAGCCUCAGGUGGAAGUCUGUCGUUCCCAGCACACCCAGACAUGGCUGGGUGCCCUCUACAGCUACAAAGGUCUGCUGCUGGUCGUGGGCGUCUAUAUGGCCUGGGAAACACGGCAUGUGAAAAUACCAGCCCUCAACGAUUCCCAGUACAUUGGAGUGUCGGUGUACAGUGUUGUCAUAACCAGUGGCAUUGUCGUGGUCUUGGCAAAUCUCAUCUCGGAACGUGUUACAUUGGCUUUCAUAACGAUAACGGCAUUAAUAUUAACUUCAACAACGGCCACUUUGUGUUUGCUGUUCAUACCCAAGCUGCAUGAUAUAUGGGCCAGAAAUGAUGUUGUGGAUCCGGUUAUAUCAAGCAUGGGCUUAAAAAUGGAAUGCAACACCAGACGUUUUGUCUUGGAUGAUCGUCGUGAGUUGCAGUAUCGUGUUGAAGUACAAAAUCGUGUUUAUAAAAAGGAAAUCGCAAGUCUAGAUGCGGAGAUACGAAAGCUGGAACGGAUGUUGGAGUCGGGGACAGCUUCGACAACAACAUCUUCGUCUGCUUCAAUAUUUGCAGCAUUAAAGCCCGAAGUAACGAUAACCAGCGAUACGUCAUCCCAUCUGCCGGCACCCAGUCAUGGCGGUAAAUCACGCACACCCAGCAUAUCAGGUAUUUUACCAAAUCUUUUACUCUCCGUUCUGCCGCCUGUCAUACCGCGAGCCAGUUGGCCAUCAGCUGAGUACAUGCAAAUUCCGAUGCGUAAAUCGGUAACAUUUGCAUCACAACCCCACCUCGAAGAUCGUACCAUAGCUGGGUCGUGUCUACCGGCACAGGAUCUGCUCAAUUUACGAUUGGCCCAUCAACAUGCCACCGAAACGAAGACAGGUAUCAUAAAUCGUAUACGAGGCAUAUUCACCCGGACUCAAUCGAGUAAUAAGGGCUCAAUCGCCAGUUUGGCAGAUCAAAAAGGUAUUAAGGCGGCCCUUAUGACCCAUGUGGGUCUAUUCUCAAGACUUAUACCCUCAUCCCAGACUGCAUCAUGUAAUGCCAUUUAUGCCGAACGUAAGAAGUCCGAUAUAGAUUUAGUGCACACCGGAGGUGAGAACCUUAAACCCCUUAAACGUAAGUCCAUAGCCAAAAGUGGCACUCACUUAGAUGUAACUUUUGCUGAUCCCACAUUUUUACCCAUACCCACCAUAUCAGCUGAAACUGUAGAUAUUGCACAUCAUCAUCCCACCACUAGCUCCACCCACACCACAUCCACACAACUGUUCUCUGUACCCAUUAUAGAAGUAGAAAAUAAGUAUAUUUUUGAACCGGAAACUAAAGUUAACUUUCAAUUGCCCGCCAAUCGUAGACCCUCAGUGGCCCAAUUGCAACCGACACUGAGAGAACGUAUUAAGGGUUCACCGCGUUUUCCACAUCGUGUCCUACCGAUCACGAGUAGUUUAGGAGCACUCGAAGAAACCGGUGAUAGCCAACGACCCAAAGGUGGUAGUCGCAUGAAUUUAAAACGUGCCUCCAUUGUGGGUAAUUGGAAAUCGAUGGAGGUACCUUCCAGUACCCGACUCUCGUUGACCGAUUCUAAAGAUGAUGUCUGGAAACAGGACUGUAUAACCGUUGAGAUAAAUCAAAAAGAUAAAGAAGAUAUUAUAACUGUGGAAAUUACGCAUGUCAGUGAUGAUGAUUGA